GAGAUAGCGGAAGUCUCGGGACGUAUCAUGUGAUUUGCAGUUGCUGGCACAGCUUGAGGAGCUAUGCCAAAAUAACUCCAGAUUUCAACAGCACGGUUGAAGAAGGAGGCUUCGUGUCACCCCGUAGGACCCGUCAAAGAUGCAGAACGUGAUAAACACAGUGAAGGGCACGGCUCUCGGUGUGGCGGAGUUCCUCACGCCUGUGUUAAAGGUAAACUUUAACAGCUAGCUUGUUGAUGGAGGAGGCUAAAGGCUGAGAGAUUUCAGAAACACAUGAACAGAUGAUCUCUGCAGCCUUGUAGCUUAGACUAACACGAGACUUUAACUUAUGGUGUAAGGGCCUAAAUCAUUGACUUUAUUCGAACUAAAACAUCGACACAGUUUAUAUGUACACCUGCAGGUUUAUGAGACAAACUGAAGUCACUCUGUUCACUUAAUCCAGUCUCUGUUUCUGAUUUUUAACUCAGGAAUCCAAAUUUAAAGAGACUGGAGUCAUCACACCAGAGGAAGUGAGUACAUCCACUCAUGUAAAGUACUUAUUUUACUCCUGAACCUCAAGGAAGUUACAAAAUCUAUCUGAUGAUCUUCUCUUUCUGGUUUUAGUUUGUUGCUGCUGGAGAUCACCUGGUUCAUCACUGUCCAACAUGGAAAUGGUAAGAGUUUACCUUCAGCUUCAAUACAGAUCACCCCACUAACAAAAGAGCAGUGAGAGAAAGUGAUUACCUUACAUUCUGUAUUUAGUUAUUCUUAAAAAGCUCCAAAAACAACAUAUCAGAUGUCAAAACUGAAUCUUGUUUAAUGGAAAAAUAGUAAGUUAUUAUGAUAGAAGAUGUUAGAGAAACAACAAAAAUAGGUAAAAAGUUGUUAUAGAGGAAAAAUUAAACAGGUUAGUAACAUGACUGGGUAUAAAAAGGACUUUCAGAGAGGCGGAAUCUCUCAGAAGGAAAGAUGGAAAGGGGUUCACCAUUCAGUGAGAGACCAAAACUGGAUGGUCCUGAUCUUCAGGCCCUCAGGCGGCACUGCAUUAAAAACAAACAGGACUCCGUUGUGGAAAUCACUGUAUUACCUCAGAUUCAACUCUGAAAAAAAAUGUCUGUGAACUAGGGCCCGACAGAUUUAUCGGCGAGCCGAUUAAAUCGGCCAAUUUUAGCCCGUUUGAGACUAAUCGGUAAUCGGCCAAAACUUGCCGAUUUUCGCCGAUAUUUUCAGAAAUAAAAUGGGGAGAAUAAGAUUCGGUUUGUGAAGUACACAAUAAGUCAACAAGUUUCAGUUCAGCCCACUUCACGAUGUUCCCCACUGUGCUGGUCUCGAUCAUGCCGAGUUAACAGUGAAGCACCAUGUAAUAUGCAAGCUAAAGUUAGAGUUAGCCAUCUGCUAUUAGCCUUGCUACACUGUUAGCUGUGCCAGUAACGGUACACAUUACGUGAUCACGCUACUUCUCUUACUGAGGCAGCGAGUGACAUGAGUUAAGACGCGGAGGCCUUGGCGGUCCGAGUUUGACCAGUCGGUCUUCCUGUCAGCAUAAAGUAGAUAUCUACAGUUUAUUUAUAUUUUUAUAUAACUUCAUAAAAAAUCGAUUUUUUUUUUCCCGUAAUUAUUGGUAUUGGCAUCGGCCCCAAAAAAUCCAUAUCGGUCGGGCCCUACUGUGAACACAGUUCCCUGCAUCCACAAAUGAGGUUAAAACUUAAGGUGGACUGAGGGGAAGAGGAAAACUGUCCUGUGGGCUGAUGAAUCAAAGUUUGACAUUCUUUUUGGAAAUCACAAAAUUACUUUGUUUGUUGGAACCAUGGACACCGCGUCCUCUGCCCUGCUUGUUCUCAGUUCAAAACCAGCCUCCCGAAUGUCAUGGGUAGCUUCCACAUCUAUGAAGGCUCCAUUCCUUCAUAUUUCAGCAAGACAACAACAAACCACAUUCUGCAGGGACUACAACAGCAUGACUUUGUAGUAAAAAUAAUCGUCUUUAUUCAAAAUCAAAUAUUCACAUCAGCCAGGCAAUACAAUGCUGUUUUCAAUGAACAAAAUCUUUCCAGUUAUGUCUGACCUGAUAGUGGGUUUUUCAUUGUGCUUCACUUCUCUGUUGUGGUUGUUGGAUUUUACAGUAUAGUGCAAUAUUUGGCUCGAACUUCCUCUUUCACCUUUUGGAGCUUUCCCACCAGCUUAGGAAAGAAACUGAAGACACAGUUUAUGGAAAUAAAUAGUUCUGUAUCUCCUUUUGUAAGCAUACAUUCAAAAAGUUAUUCCUAAUCUGAAGAUGAGUCAGUUUGGGAAGUUGGUGCUGUUAUAUGAGUAACGGCAUGAUAAGAAAACCAUGCAUAACCUCAUCUGAAGCUCCUAUGAGGAAAUUGUGUUGUGUUUUGACUUUGCUGCCCCCUGUAGACUAAGUACCACAUCAUUGCUCUUUCCUAAUGUUGACAUGCUCAGAUGCAAGUUGCACCUCAAUGAAAAUAUCAUCCCUCUUUCUUUAAACAAUCAAAUGAAUCACUUUAUCAGCUGCAGAAGUUUCAGACAUUAACAUUUACCACACGAAAAAUAGUCAGUCUUUUUUCUGUUUGUCUAGUUUUCUUCUGUAGCUCAUAAAUAGACACUAAUGUUAACAUCAGUGUGUCUCAUAAUGAGCUGAAAACUCACAAGAGCUUUAAAAAACUUAUUUGUAUGUUUGUGAUUCCCUUUUUACUCAGGGCCACCGGGGAAGAAGUGAAGGUGAAGCCAUAUUUGCCGCAGGAUAAACAGUUCCUCCUGACACGUAAUGGUGAGAGAAUCUGAAGUGGAAACUGUUGUUCAUUAUACGUAUGAGUAUCAUCAUUGUUCUCGACUAUUUUUUUACUAAAUCACUCACUGUGUGGUGAAACAGUUUGUUUUCCUCCUUUGUCCAGUUAACUCUUGAAUUAUUUCCUGUGGAGCAGCUUUAAAAUAUACUUUUUUAUUUUUAUUUUUUAUUUUUUUUAUUUGACAACAAAACAGAGUGAUGACAACAACAGAAACAACAACAACAACAAAAAGAUAAAUAUCUAUGUAAUAAUAACUAUAUGUAUACAUAUACAUACACAUACAAACAUACAUGCACACAUACAUACACACAUAUACAUAUAUAUACACAUAUAUACACACACAAUCCCCCCCGAAUCACCGACACAACAGCGACGAUACAACAACCACAAUAGCAUUAGCAAUAACAACACCAGAAAUACCGGCGACAGCGAUGACAGCAAACAAAUGACAGCAACAACGCUGUCGCUUUGAGAUAUACUUGAGUUUAAAUUCUUAGAUUUUUUUUGUCCUCUAAAAAUAUAUAAAAAGAAAAAAUCAUGGCAGUGAUGGUUCAAAAUCUGUGUCCUUUUUCCUGCAGUUCCCUGUUACAAACGUUGUAAACAGAUGGAGUAUUCAGAUGAGCUGGAGGCCAUCAUAGAGGAGGAUGAUGGAGAUGGAGGCUGGGUGGACACGUACCACAACUCAGGUUAGAAAUCCGUCUUUCAGUCCAGGUCCAUUUGAAAUCUUAAACAUCUUUUCUGUAUCAAGUAUUUUUUCUCAGAAACUUAUUUAGAGGCCAAAAUAUAAAAUUUCCAGCCGAGCUGUAAAAGGACAGAAACAUGACGAACAUUUUACUGCACAGAGAAAACCUGUAGAGGAGAGGAGCUUUUUUAUUUACUUAAAUGAAUUUAAUCCAACCAGUGAAGCCUGACUGGGAUUACAUCAAGGUUACUGCUCUAAAUUUAGGGGUCUUUUUUUUUUCAAUCAUGACUUGAUUAAAGUGUUGCAGUCUUGUUUUUUAUUCACAUUCCCAGAAAUAGGCGAGUUUAAUUCUUUAACAACACUGAAAAACUUAUCCCCGCUUUUAUCUCCUCUCACCUGGAUUAUUGUCACACCUAGUUUACCUACCUCAGUGAAUGAGUUUGACUUCAGAUUACCCCAAAUUCUGCAGCCAGAAUCAAAACACAAGGUGCACCACCUACAUCAGCCCAUCUUAGCUUCACUGCUCUGGUUACAACUUCCUCAAAGAACUGAACCAUAAUUUACUAAUCUGUAAUAAUCUGAUAUAGGGCUGGGCGAUAAACCGAAAAUUUACCGAUACCGGAAUUUACGACAAUAACAAAUGUAAUUUUGCCCAUAUCGGUAUAUUCAGUCAGUGUCAAAAUAAAUAAAUACAAGUCGGUUUUGGAUGUGCAUAGGUAGGCUAUGGUCUUAUGUCCCUUUAAUCCUGCGUCAGAGAUGUGACUCCACCCCAUCCAGUCCAUAACAAAGAGGGAAAGACAGGUGAGGAGAUGGAGGAUGGUUCAAAAGUUGUAGCGGCUGCAGUGGUGGCUGAAGUAGACGAAGUGAAUGUGGGAGGGGGUUAGCAGCGUGUGGAGUAGUUAUCGUCCAUUUAUUGUGAUCGAGGUGAACUGCUCAAUAUAUCGUGAUAUUGAUUUGAGGCCAUAUCACCCAGCCCUAAUCUGGCACAGAGUAUGUAAGUAAUAUUUCAUCUCCGUAUUCCCUGAGAAGACCCCUGAGAUCAACUGCAUUAGACCUGCUACCUGUUCCUGAGUCAAAGUUGAGCAGAUCAAGCUGCUGUUGUGAAGGCACCUCAGCUUCAGAGCGGUGUUUAUCUGAUCCACUGAAACAGUUUCUGCUUAUAAAUCCUGUCUCAGGAUCGAUUUCUGACUUUCCUCUGCAGCUAAUAAGUAACACUUAUCAAAGUUUAGGUGUUGCAUUUGUUGAAUGCAUUAGAUUUUUUACUGUCUUUUUCUGAUAUAUAUCAUUUACAGGUCUCCAUCUUUAUUUUUAUAUAAGUCUCUUUUAACUUUUGUCUGACCCAGAUUUGCAGCUGCACAGCAAAGUUACAGACAUUGAAAACAUGAAUUAAAUGUCAGCAUAUCCUGAAUUAGGGAUGUCCCAAUGCCAUAUUGAUAUUGAAUAUUGGUCUUCCCCGGGAUACGUCCUUUUCCCCCCGGAAAGUUGCAAAAUCGCAUAGGGCUUGAUGCGUCGGCCCCGGUGUAUAAGGACCUUUAGAGUGAUAUUGGCCUUCUGGCAGUAUUUUUUGUUUCAGUCUGAAAAAGUUGAGUGAAAAACGUGUCAUGCAUAAUUUUGUGCUGAUAUCAGAUCAAUAUCGGUAUCGGUCAAUAUUGAGGACUACAAUAUCGGUAUCGUAUCGGAAAUCAAAAAGUUAUAUUUGGGACACCCCUAUCCUGAAUCAUAAAACAGAAAGACAUCAGCAGGAGCAUCUACAGCCUGAUGCAUCCUCCUCCAACACCUUCAAUCUGCUUUUAAAAUGUUUAACUAGACCUGCUCUCUUGGACCCAAGUCUUACAGAAGAGUCCAGACUGCAUGAAACAAGUUGAUCACCCCCUCUUGAUAAGGACAGACAGUGAUUUAGUGUCUCCUUCUCUGGUGUUUUUCAGCUGUUUUAGGAGUCACAGACACUGUGCGGGAAAUCUCUCUGGACAAUAGCAAGGUUCGAUUCAUUAUGUUCUUAGUUUUCUGAUUAUUUGAAUGAAAUACGAAAAUCUAAACCGUGCUGUUGUUUGAAUUUUAUUCCCUCAGGACAAGAAUAUGAACGCCACAUCUGCAGCAUGUUGUGAUGAUGAUGAGGAGGAUGAUGAAGAUGCAGAAGCAGCAGAUAUGGAAGGUACUCCUCUUCAUUUGUGGGUGAAAAAGCAUGAAGUCGGUUAGUUUUUUUCUCUGACUCAUCUUGAUUCUGUCUCUUCAGAGUACGAGGAGAGCGGCCUGUUGGAAACAGACGAAGUGAGCGUAUAAAUAAAUAUAUUUAUUCUCAGGUCGUAUAUUUUCUCUUAGACUUUAUUUUGACACGUUUCCUCUGCUCAGGCCACUCUGGACACCAGUAAAAUGGUGGAAACCAAAACCAAAGUAGAGCCAGGGAGCGAAGACGCCAUCCUUCAGACGAGAACGUAUGACCUGUACAUCACUUAUGAUAAAUACUACCAGACCCCUCGACUCUGGCUCUUUGGAUACGAUGAAGUAUGUACACCACAGCUUCUGUUUUUGAUCUUUUCCGUCUUGUACUUUCAUUAUUUUUGUUAGUAUGUUUUUAUGAGGCAGUUAAAUGCUACCAGACUCGACUUCUGUAAUCAGAGCCUGUCAUUGCAUUAACCAGGACAGACAACCGCUGACAGUGGAACAGAUGUACGAGGACAUCAGUCAGGAUCAUGUGAAGAAAACAGUCACCAUUGAGAACCACCCUCACCUGCCUCCACCUGCCAUGUGCUCUGUACACCCCUGCAGGUAAAUCUGUACCUUUACAGUAUUCAGAUCCUCCCAACAAUGAAUCACCUGGAGAAAUCUGUCAACCUGUAGAACUACAGGGAUUUAUAAAGUAUUGGCACAGGGGACUCGUAAUGAAAUGACUGUUAACUUAAGUGAUUUUUUGAACCUUUGGCUGACCUAACAUCUGAUUUUCAGACAUGCUGAAGUGAUGAAGAAGAUUAUUGAGACUGUGGCAGAAGGAGGAGGAGAGCUGGGAGUACAUAUGUAUCCUUUCAUGUGAGAAUUCUGCCAUAAUUAGUCAUCAUGUACACAAACAGCAGUGAUGUUCAGGUCACAUAUAUUUCAUUUUGAUAACAUGUGAGUUGUAAGUUUUACCUCUAAUUGUGUUGAAGUGCAAAAGUAUUGUUUUCACAUGUGGAAGCUACUCAUGACGUAGACAUUUAUGAUCCCCAUACCAUCAGGGAUGCUGCCUCUGAGCUGAGAACAGAUAACAAGCCGGGUGGACACUUUAUCAGGGUUCCUAAACAGUAGGAAUUUCCAUACUUUUCCAUAUCCUACUUUUUAGAAUUAUUUUUGGAAAUACCUACUUUUCUAUUUUAGAAAACAGUAUUUUUUUUACUGUGAUAAUAGUCUGGAAACCUAAAUAUUUUUCCAUACUUUCAUUUUCAUUUAUCAUACUUUUUAAGAACUGGAGAUUGAUCGAAUUACUUCCACACUUUUCUAUAUUUGCGUAGGAACCCUGCUUUAUGGCAGAGCAUGCAGGGAAGAUGAUUUACAAAAACUAUGUCAAAUAAUGGUGAUCCUGUUCCUCUUUAGAGCAGAGGACACAGCAUGCAUGUAGUCCAAAAAAGUCCAAUUUCAAGGAAGGUCAAAUUUCAGUGGUCCCUCUCCUCUUUAGAGCUAGGGGGGCCAUGUCCACGAGUUUCAAAAAGAUCGUCACCUUAUGGAUGUCCCUAGCAUCCUAACCCCAUGUUCCCUCUCUUUAGUUCCUUUCAUACCUUCCCUCUUGUUUUCUUUAACUGAAACUUUCAGGUAUCUUCUAAUUUUCCUGAAGUUUGUCCAGGCCGUCAUUCCCACAAUAGAAUAUGACUACACACGACACUUCACCAUGUAGCUUCAUGAACCUGCCGCUGCUAAACAUCCGUACACAGGAAGGAUCAGCUCUUCUGCCUCUGUGAUGAGAUUUUAUCUGCUCUGAUUAUAACCGGUUUGUGUUACUCUGAGACACUCUGCAUGAGUGCAGGACACGAGGAAUGUUAACCGUCUGACAUUUGGGAUAGAGGUUUAUUAUUUGACUCGAGUCAGAUUAGAUUAGUGCAGAGUAUCAGGGCUACACUAAAGAAGGAAAAUCUGACAUUUAAGGUGUAAAGAUGAAAUGUAGAAUGAAUUAAGUCCUGAGUUGUAGGCUACACUUCACCUUAAAGCUAUUUUGAAGAAUAUAGAGCAUUAAUGAACUUAUACUUUAGUCAAUCUUCUAGAAACAACAAAAUAUGUUAUUUGACUCAAGGCAGCCAGCUGCUCCUCUGAAACUUCCCUCUAAAAUACAUGAACUCAAAAUAUCCUCAAUUUAUUUUUUCACCGCUCUGAUCACACUAUGUUAGGAUUUUAUUCUUGUUGAAUCAUGACUUUAUUCUCUUGUGAAAGUAUUGUUGUGGUGCUCUGAGCUCAACUUAGAGUGUUACAGCUUCAGAAAUUACUCAUGAAAUAGAACUUUAUUCUUCAAAUGCAUAGAUAUUUUUAAUUCCUUACUCCAAAAACACUCAGACAUUUUUUUUAAAUACUCAAACACUGUUCUCUCAUGAAUUUGUUCUUGUAGCAUUAAAAAUUUUCUCUUUUUUUUGGCUUAUAUCACAACUUUAUUCUCGAAAUUUUUGCUAUUUGAGAAGAAUAUCUUUUUUUCUUAUCAUUCAAUUCACAAAAUAUUCCAGUUUAUUUUCUUAGAGCUUUUCAUGAAUUUCCUGCUCAACACAUGAUGACUCAGUCCCCUUUGGACCUAGCUACAACAUAUCGACUGUGUGCUCUGAUGAAUUUUUUUCUCUUAGAUUUUUAUCUGCUGCAACUUUUAGCUCAAGGUUCAACUAAAUUAUUUUCAUGGGAACAUUUUAAUGGACUUUGAUUUUUUUCUGGAUAUGAAGUGACUUCACUCUCUUUGGACUUUUUGUUUUAUUUGGAAUUUCUAAAUUGACACAUAACGACUUAAGUCUCGUGGGACUUUUGCUUGACAUAUAAUAACUUUAUUCUCUUAGGGUUUAUUUUCUGUAUCUAUAACAACUCUAGUCUCUUAGGGAACAUUCUACCCAUAUAACAGAUUUUUGUUGGACAUAAAAAGUCUCAAUAUAAGGAGUUAUUAAGAUUUGGUUGGAUCUUAUCAGCCUUAAUUCUGGUGAUACCGAGUUUGUUAAUGUUGCCCUGAUACUCUCAAAGAUGGAUGCUUGCUAUCUUUUUAGCAACAAUAGAAUAAACGUAUGCAGAGCAGUCUUAUUUUCACGUUUCAGAACAUAAAACGUGAAAAAAACUCGAGGUUAGAUUGUAGACAAACCUUCAUCCCAAAUGUCCGACUCUUCCUUUAAAGCAGCGGUUCUCAAGUCCUGUCCUCGAGGCCCACUGUCCUGCAUGUUUUGGAUGUUUCCCUGCUCCAACACACCUGAUUCAAAUGAUCAGCUCGUUAGUAAGCCCUUGCAGAGCUUGAUAACGAGCUGAUCAUUUGAAUCAGGUGUGUUGGAGUAGGGAAACAUCCAAAACAUGCAGGACAGUGGGCCUUGAGAACUGGACUUGAGAACCACUGCUUUAAAGUCUCUCUUCAAUUUUUAGCAUUAAGACCACAAAAUGUUCGGAAGAUUUCAAAGCUGUAACAAAAACUCACUUCAGUCCACUCUGCUCUAAAUGUUAGACAUCCUUACAAACACAAAGCUGUGGCUCUGCAAAGCAUCACCUCUAUGACGCACUGAGAAUCAGAUUCAAACCUUUAGUAGACAGAAGUAGACACAAUAGAAGCAAACACAGAAAUUAAAGCAGCAUUUAAUAUUGAAUGGACACCAGGGGGCAGCAGACUGAACUGGAAACAAGCAUUGAUAUCAAAAUAAGCAAAUAUUCUGUUUUUCCCCUGAAGAAUGUAUCACGAAUAAAGAGGCGAUCUAGACUCACUAACUCAAAAAUUCAGAAUCAGACUAGCUAUUUGAGCAUGAUCGGAGUAGAUCAUGCCCUGGAUGAACUGAAUUUCCAAUAUUCAAACUGUUUUUUUUGCCUUUAAUCAAUUAUCCUGGCUCACAAUGAAUGAUUAUUGGUGUCUUUGUCUUUGUGUGUGAACUGUGAGGAUUUCCUUCUUGUUUUUUUUUUUUUAUUUGACUGUGUUAAAAAUUUAUACUUUGUGUGCUGGCUAAACAAAAGAAAGUGUUUAAAGUCUUAAUGAAAGCUUUAGUGGAACUGUAACGACAAGGAUUAUUAACCUACAAAUAAAAAGAAAUCAUAAAAGUAAUGACAGUAAUCAGUAGAUGCAGCCUUAGCAGACGCUCUGUUUUUGUUUGUUUGUUUGUUUGUUAUCUUUAAAAAAAAAAAAAAGUUUAUGCAGGAACCAAAAAAAGAGAAAACUACCUGGGCUGUAAAACCAAAACAGAGUGUACCCAGCCCUGCACUGAGUCCCAUUUUACCACCUUUGGAUGUCUGUUUAAUUACGCCAUCUCUCAUUUACUACGUAACAAUGAUCUAAAGAGCAAAUUCACACAGAUUUGGACACAUUCCCAUACAAAAAUUCAUCUUUUCUUGCUUGUAUCUCUCAAGAGUCCUUCAAAAAAAGAGAAAUAAUCUGAGAUUCCACCAUGAAAGAGGAAAUUUGGGGGGAAUAAAGUCAGAACUUCAUGACUUCAACUGUGAUAUUACAAGAAUAAAGUCACAACUUCUGGCUCUUACUUAUUUUAGAGUUAAUAGAGAUGAUAGCUCUAAAAGGAAGAGGUUUUCUGUCUCAUUUGAAAUAUCAAAACUCAGCUCUCUUCAUAUUGUGACUCCUGUCUGAAGACUUUAUUAUCGAUGAUUUAUUUUGGCCUUAAUCUCAAAUUCUUGUCUCUUUAAAUCUGGAUAUUUUUCAGUUUACUUCUCAACAAAUUAAAUAGCAUGAUUGCAAACUUAAUUCCUCUUUAUGAAGACAUUAAUCUUAAACUUUUACAACCACAUUUUUCUUAUGGAGAUUCUAAAUUCUCAAAAAUAUAUUAACUGUAUUUGCAAAAUAUUAUAGCUCAGAUUUUUUUUCUGUCCGUACUUUGAAAAACUGGGCUAAGUUGAAAAGGAGAUCGAUAUUCUGGCCUUGUCAUGUGACAAGUUAAUUUUAAUAAUAUUAGGACUAAUCUCUCAAUUUAACCGGAUGUUGACAGACUUAACUUGCUUAGACAUGUUCAAACUAGAACAACUUUAAUCUUACAGUGACUCAAUAACUUAAAAAAAAAGGCUUCAUGAAGACUUCACAAACUUUUUUUGUGCAAAUAUAAAAACUCUGAGGAUCAAUUUAUUACUUUAUCAUGACUUUUUAACAACUUUAUAACAUUAUGACUAAAUUUCUCAUGUCACAACAAAACAACUUGAAUGAACUUCUUGUGACUUUUUUUAACCACCUCGUUCUUCAGUAUCUCCUGCCACUCCAACAACUCUAAAAUGAUCCUAUUCUCCAAUGACUUUUCAUAAUGUUUUGACUUUGUUCCUGAAAUACAACAGUUUUGGGCAUUGAAUAUUACAGCUUCAAUCUGUAUCCUCUGAAUCUGUGGUUCUCAAGUCCAGUCCUGGAGGCCCACUGUCCUGCAUGUUCUGGAUGUUUCCCUGCUCCAACACACCUGAUUCAAAUGAUCAACUCAUUAUCAAGCUCUGUUAUGGCUUACUAACGAGCUGAUCAUUUGAAUCAGGUGUGUUGGAGCAGGGACACAUCCAAAACAUGCAGGACAGUGGGCCUCGAGGACUGGACUUGAGAGUCACUGCUCUGAAUAAUUGGACUUCUGGUAUAUUUAUGACUCACAUCUGUCCCGGACUUAUUCCAAAGUUACAAUUUUUAUUUUCAAAACAUAACUAUUAAUUUCCCACAACUAAAAUCUUAAAAAGUGUGUCAGAAGAUUACAGCUUUACUCUUAUAAUAAUACAACUAUUCUCACAGGAUACAACAACUUCAUAUUACAAAUGUAUUACAGCCCCCCCCCCCCCAAGUUGUAGGAAUUUAUACCCUAAGGACUCUGGCACAUGUGGGUAUGAGAUUAUGACCCCAUUUUAAAAAUAUUACAGCUCUGUUUUUAUAACUUCAUCUCAGAUUUGUUUUAGUUUAAUUUGUCUCUAACACUCUGUUUUCGUUCAUCCAUGAAAAAACUUUCUGAAGAACGGCUCUGAAAUGUUUGUGUGUGUGGAUAUGGGCAGUUUUACGUAGGAAAAUCUCUGUUUUCAGGCUACCAUGGCUCUUUUUAAAGUCUCUGUAACUGCAGCAGUGCUUCCUGAAGCCUCUUGACUAUCUGUAUAUCGCUCACUGCCUCACUGUGGUGGUUAUUCUUGUUCCAUUCUGAUGCACUUUGCAGGAGUCACGGCUGAACCUCAGUAUUGUAAAUCAGCUCUCUAUGCCAGGUUGUCUUAUUGCUUUCUUCUCUGAAUGUGUCAAAGACCAGCCCCUUCUUUCCUCCAUGCUUCUGCUUUAUGUAAUUUUUUAAUUCCUUCAGCUUUAGACUGAUUUUUUCUUCUCUGCAGCUGCUGUAACAACCUUGAGACAGUUUUUUUUUGUUUUGCAGUUUAGACGUAUCUCUACCUGUUGUGUCUAAUAGCUCUGUGAAGGUCAGCUGUGAGCUUGAUUAUGCAGCAAAGUGAAUUUUUUUUACUGUCACAAGCCUCUCAGUGUACUUCAAAAACUCCGUCAAUGAAUUUCUGCUGCUCUGUCUGGUUUGGAUAGUGUACUUUGGCUCAUCGCAGCCGCAUAUUUCUGACAGUACUCACACAACUAGAUAAAUACUGCUACAGCCGUACUCGCUUUAUUUUCCUUGUCUGUUGGUUGGAUCAAAUAUUCACUACUGCCUGUUCUGAUGUAAUGUGUUGGAUGGACAUUUUAAAGAAAUAAACGUUCAUCAAUAAAGAGUUUCCCAAAUGUUAUAAAUACAGA